UCCACGCCUAUUUGCUGAUUCGCACUGGAAUGUUUUAAUACACAGUUGAGGCGACAAAGAAGCAGAAAAGAUCAUCGAAACAUUAGUUGAGGCGACAAAUGAGCUGAAAAGAUCAUCGAAACAUUGGUUGAGGCGACAAAUGAGCUGAAAAGAUCAUCGAAACAUUGGGGGCUCUCGACACUGGUAAUUUUGAGGGCGUAGAGCUCAAGGGAACAUCUAUUUACCCCAAGAGGCCGUAUUCCUGAUGGCCUAUGUGGUUCAUCUUCUCUUUAGUCUCUUCGCUUUGGUGUAUUCAAGUGAACCUGGGGACUGCAACUUCGAUCGCGACUUCUGCAAUUGGACAAACGAACAAGGAACAGAUGAUUUUGAUUGGUCGAGGAAAAAGGGCCCCACCCCACCCUUUUACACCGCGCCAUCAGCUGAUCACACCUCAGGCAUAGGCUGGUACAUCUAUAGUCGAGCCUCUUCAUACGGGCCAGGGUACAACGCGCGCCUGCACAGCCCCCUGAUGACGGGUCCUAAGUGUAUGACAUUCUUUAGUAACCUGAACGGCGAGGAUACGAGCCUCGUUUUCGUGUACUUCACAGUCAGCGGUCGUAAAACCUUAGCGUGGCUCAAGUCAGGAGAUCGAGGGGACCGUUGGAUUAUGGAGCAAGUGUUUAUCAACGAGACUAGGGAGUAUAAGGUUACUCUAGAGGUGAAGAGGGGAUACUCGUGGUAUGGCGAUGCAGCGAUCGAUGACAUUUUAUUUACGAACGGGUCAUGCGCACAAGAUACAAGACUGUUUCACGUUUCCUCGACUAACGGAAUCUACCGAAUCAAUACCGAGCCUCAGAGAGAUCACUGGUUUUACCAGUUUUCGUUCCUGGCUCGUCGAACCACAGGCAACCUGAAUGAGCGAAUGUUUUAUGUUUAUUAUCGCAAUGGAUACGAUGUUCUACGGACAGACUUCAGUAAUAUUGACGGAUAUCCUAUGGACUUCUUUUACGAAUAUACUGGAUCUCUAAAUCACUCAAGACCUGUUUUUGCCGUCGAACGAAGUGGUCAGCAGGCUCAGCAGAUUGUUUUAGCGAGGGGAGGUUACGAAGGAUGUUGCAGUGAGGCACGUGUGUUAUCCAUAAAUGUCCAAGUUAUAGAGGAUCACACAUGUUUUCCCGGAUGGAUAAGUUCGGGAUUCUCGGGCUGUCUCCGAUUCUACGUGAACGACAAGCGAACUUGGGGUGGCGCUCGAGCCGAAUGUUUGCGAAUCGGUGGUGAUCUUGCGACAAUACGCGACAGCAACGCACUCUCUGACAUCUCUAAGAUCCUGGAAACUAUCGAUACACGGGCACCAUUCCAUGUAGGAGUGCGUAACCCCGUGACUAAUGUAACACAAAACUUGACGUGGGUAGACGGUAAAACAGUACAGAGUAGACUUUGGAGGAGUGGGUACCCUAAAACUGGCGACGAGCCAUUAUGCGCAGGCCUGACGAAUGUACAUCCGGGACUUGUUUUGCAUGCGUGCUCAUUGCUGACUGGUUUCAUCUGUCAACGCAAUUCAGUGGACAUGGCUGCCAAGAAACCAACAAACAGCUCAGCUGAACAGAGCAACUACACUAGAUCAUCAUUCGCUGUUGACAGCUUCCCCAAUACCUGCUUCUACACGAAGGCCUCCAGCCCCUGGUGGAGCGUUGACUUAUUGAGGUCGAUGUACGUUUUUGCUGUUGAGAUAACAAGUAACAAAGGUUGUUGUCAGGUGGGACCCUCAAAUAUGGAAGUGUUAGUCAUUCAAGGGGCACGUACUCAGCGUUGUGGUGACGUCAUGUCUUAUGGAAGCAGUGAUUGGCUCAAAGCAGGGUGUUAUCCAAUCAGAGGCCGCAGCGUCAUGAUUACGUUAGAUGGUGCAAAUACUACCCUGAUUCUCUGCAGAGUAACCGUGCAGACAUAUGAAUCUGCCGAGGAGAUUCGCGGUAUUCGUCGGGACAUUUGGUAUAAGUCGAUCAUCACACAAGGCCUGGCUACCAUUCGAGAGAAUCACGUGUACAGUUCAUCCCCACAAGGAGUGACCUGGGGCAGAGAUUUUGAAGCUUCGCAGGAGGACUCCGAGGAUCAUGGACAGCUGAUCACGAGUUACUUCCAGCCUCCGUCGAGCGGGCUGUAUAGUUUCUUGGUGUCAUGUGACGACGAGUGCGAGCUAUGGAUCAGCGGAUACCAGGAGCCACGCAUGCCCAUGGAGGUCGCCUUUGAUGGGGUGGAGAGGAUGUUAAUGCAGAUCCAGAAAUGGGACGGCUAUAACGAAAGCGCUGGAUGUCUUCAGGCCCGUUCAUCUCCCCGCGUGCGUCUCGCAUCGUGUAUGAUGUACGUCCUGCGUCUUUACGUCAAAAGUGGUGCAACUUUUAAUUGUCUGCGCGUUGGAAUGGAAACACCUGGACACCCCAUAGAAGAACCAAUCAGCAACAAGCAUUUAUUUACUGUCCCGCCAGGUUUCAGACAGAUGGAAUUCGACAUCAUUGGACCUACAUUAAUACAUGCUGCAUUGGGGUCUACCCUCGCGGUCAAAGGUAGGAAUGUCUUGACUUGA